UCGGGUAGUCCCUGUCUAAGGCGGGCACGGAAGGAGCGCUCAAACCUCCCCGGGUAGGAGCGAGUGGGAGCCACCGUAGCUUUAAAGGGCGGUUCUCUGAGCUUCAGGGCGAGCAGGGCGCAGCAGCCCGAGAGGGGUCCCCGGAAGCUCCCUGGGCCAAGCUGGCGGUGUGCAUCCUCUGGGCUGGACCAGCAAAGGCGCAGUUGCUGGGCUCCGCCCAACUAAGGCACUGGGCUGGGAGGGGGGCUCUCCCUCGUCGCCGCGGAGAUGGCGCUGCACAUGCGGUGAGGACGCCCACGCCCCAAGGGUCCCAUCCCUGCGCCCCGCGUUUCUCCAGGGAGAGAGAACAUGGAGCACCCAGAAACAGAGUUGAUCCGGCAGAGCUGGCUGGCGGUGAGCCGCAGCCCUGUGGAGCACGGCACUGUCCUGUUCGCCAGGCUCUUUGCCCUGGAACCCAGCCUGCUGCCUCUCUUCCAGUACAACGGCCGCCAGUUCUCCAGCCCCGAGGACUGCCUCUCCUCCCCAGAAUUUCUGGACCACAUUAGGAAGGUGAUGCUAGUGAUUGACGCUGCAGUGACCAAAGUGGAGGACCUGUCUUCACUGGGGGAGUACCUGGCCGGCUUGGGCAGGAAGCACCGGGCAGUGGGAGUGAGCCUCUGCUCCUUCUCGACAGUGGGUGAGUCCCUGCUUUACAUGCUGGAGAAGUGUCUGGGUCCCGACUUUACACCAGCGACACGGGCCGCCUGGAGCCAACUCUAUGGAGCUGUGGUGCAAGCCAUGAGCCGUGGCUGGAAUGGGGAGUAAGAGACGAGCCAGUGCCCCCACCCAUCUGUGCGUCUGUUGAUCUCUCUGUUGCAGCCUCAGCCCCUCCUCCAGGGCUUCUCUGCACUUUGGUCCUCAUCCCCUUGGCCAUCCUAGAGAUGGGAGAGGGCUCCAGAUCAACUACAGAGAGGUGGUUUUUCCUGCCUGAGGGGCCUUUGGGCUUCCCUCAUCCUCAUAGAUGCACCCCUGCAUGCCUGGUUAGCUCUCAUGUGGCAAAACAGAGUUUUGGUUAGUGAGGUAGCAUGGGAUUCUUCUCAGAGAAGCCUCCACCAAGGUGAUGGUAAAGUGACUAGGCUUCUAGAACCUUCCAUCUCGCCUACCCAGUCUCUUUGCUACUUUCCUGCUGGGAUGUUUACCUUCCAAAAAUGAAGAGAAGGAGUGGCUUUAGUGUUUCUGAGGAUCCCAGUCAAGAGGACCAGGGAAGACAGUGUUCUUCAGGGUCAGUGGACACCCUGGGACUCAGCUACUCAGAAGCCCCAUAGUAAACCCUCUAUGCUCUUGAGUCAGCACUACUGGCAGAAGCACCCCAAUAUCCUUUUUUGGGGGAAACUAGCUGGCCAGCCCAAAUGGAGAGGCUAGUAGGGCAAGGAAGAGAAGUGACCUCAUCCUAUAUGGCCCUGAGUUGCAGAACUCUUCCUGCUACCCUAUUUUAGGAGGACUGACUCUUGUCUCCCCACCCUCUCUGUUCACUCACCACCCUCCAGCUGUGGGCCCCUAACUCUGUGUUGAACACUUGAGGUGGAUCUGUGCCUGGGCAGAAGAGCAGGAGAGAAUACAGUGGGAGAGGCCCUCGUUCCCAUCCCCAGCCACCCACACUUUAUUGCUCUGCGCUGUGGUUCUGUAAACUCACAAGAAAUAAACAUAUUCUGUGCGCUGA